AUGAAUAUUUCUAGCAAAUCAGCUCAGACAUCUGAGGUCAUUGGCAAAGUCUCCUCUCCCUCUCUCGGGGUGCACACUAUGCAGCUGGGUCAAGUGACUCUGGAGGUUUCAUCAGGAGACAUAACUAAAGAAAAAACCGAUGCCAUUGUCAACUCCUCAAAUCAGACAUUUUCUCUGAAAGCAGGAGUAUCCAAGGCCAUUUUAGAUGCAGCUGGAGUACAAGUGGUACAAGAAUGUUCACAGAUUGUGGGAUCAUCAAACAUGCAGCAAACAGAGAUUGUGACUUCAGCCGGGCGGCUUCCAUGUGGAAACAUCAUCCAUGUUAUUGGACGCAAUAGUCCAUCUGAAAUUAAGGAUGUUGUUUUGUCUGUUCUGAAGCUAUGCGAGUCAAGCCAGAUUACUUCUGUUGCUUUCCCAGCUCUUGGCACUAGUCAGGGUGGUGCAAAUCCAGCUGAUGUUGCAGAUGCAAUGGUUGAUGCAGUUGUCGACUUUGUAAAGAAAAAGAAACCAGUGCAUGUAAAGUUUGUGAAAUUUCUUAUAUUCCAGAGAAACAUGGUGGCAGACUUCCACCAAAGCAUGGUCAGAAGAUCUGGUGAGAAAGUAGAGGAGGAUCAAAGUGUGCUUACCAAAAUUAAAGGUCAGGGUGGUGCAAAUCCAGCUGAUGUUGCAGAUGCAAUGGUUGAUGCAGUUGUCAACUUUGUAAAGAAAAAGAAACCAGUGCAUGUAAAGUUUGUGAAAUUUCUUAUAUUCCAGACAAACAUGGUGGCAGACUUCCACCAAAGCAUGGUCAGAAGAUCUGGUGAGAAAGUAGAGGAGGAUAAAGGUCUGCUUACCAAUAUUAAAGGUCAGUAG